UGCUUUCUCUGUACAGUUAGGAACCAAAUGAAGUCUUCAGCCCCUUGGCUUGAACAUCAGGAAACGAUUAUAUUAUGACAAGCAUCAAAUGACAAGCAUCGUGAAUGGGUAAUAUCAGAGCGAGAUGAUUUCGGAAUAGGAAGUCCACAAGCCUUCGUACAAACAAGCAGUCUGCUUAUUGCUGAUCUUCUGUACUUUUCCAGCUAUUAAACUACCAUGGAGAAUUCAACUAAAAUACUGUUUGUUCUACAAGGACUGAAUGAGACAAUAUCAGGCAAACACACAUACUUUGCUGUUACUCAACUUGUUUACCUUUUUACAAUUUUAGUGAACCUGACUUUGAUUGUGACUAUUAUUUUGGAGAAAACGCUCCAUGAGCCCAUGCUUAUAUUUCUCUGUAACUUGUGUGUAAAUGGAAUAUGCGGUGCCUCUACAUUUUAUCCAAAAAUAUUGGUGGACCUUUCAUCUGACGUGAGUGUUACUUCGUAUGGAGCUUGUCUGGCCCAAAUAUUUGUAUUAUACAGCUAUGUAUUCUGUGAGUUCACUACAUUAGCAGUGAUGGCUUAUGACAGGUAUGUUGCGAUAUGCAAGCCGCUCAAUUACCACUCCAUCAUCACGCCUCAGAAGAUUGUGAAAUUGCUGCUGUUUACCUGGCUUUUAUCCAUCUGUGAAUCAGUUAUUGUGGUGGCCCUUAUAGCCAGACUACCCCUCUGUGGAUACAAAAUUGAAAAGAUUUACUGCACAGCUUGGGCAGUGGUGAAGCUGUCAUGUGUGGAUACUAUUAUCAACAAUGUAUAUGGGACCAUUCUCUCGGCUUUUCACGUUGCACAGGUAGUGACGAUCUUGAUUUCCUAUGUUAAUAUCAUAAAAGUCUCUGUGCGAUCUCCUGAAGAUCGGAGUAAGUUCAUGCAGACCUGUUUGCCCCAUUUAAUUGCAUUGAGUACCUUUACGAUCGCAUUCCUUUUUGACCUCAUGUACGCUCGCUACGGUCACACCGACCGUCUGCACGCACUUCGUAGUAUCAUGUCCCUGGAGUACCUCCUUGUUCCACCGCUCCUAAAUCCCCUAAUCUAUGGCCUGAGACUGAACCAGGUCCGCCGGAGAAUCUUUAGAAUUUCCACCCAUAAAAUACAUGCUCUGAAAUGAAUAUUGUGACUACUUUCCUGUCAA